GGUGCUCCAGUGUAGACAUUCUAAAGAGAAGGGGGCGCUGAGAUGGCUUUCUUCAACUUAUAUCUACUAGGAUAUCAACAUUACUUUCAGAGUAAAAAGAGAAACACAACUCAAGAAACAAACCAGAAGGAUGAAGUGCCCACAAGGCUUCCCCCGAUUAUCUCAGAAGAUGGUAAUUAUUCUGUGCACCAGAACAGCCAUGAGAGGUACCAGGAAGCUGUGCGAAAGGUGUUGUUAAAAACGUUCCCCAAUCAGGUCUUCAGAGUCCCUGUGACUGACGCGCAGAACUUCAGCUUCUGGCGGUCCAACAUCCCAGGCGUGCGUCCAGAGAAAGCCAUUCCUUGGAUCAAGACUCCACACCAUUGUCUCAUUAAAAGCCCAAUGACCAGAUUUGUGGACCAUUAUCAUCUCAGUGACAAAACCUUCAGUCUUUACUGAGGAGGGCAAUGCUUGCAGGACAGAUGAAAACCGGAAGGGAGGGCGAGGAGGGGAUGAAGACGGCCAAGCCAUGAGAGGAGAAGUGGGGGGAGGGGGGAAGAGUGCAGAAUAAACAAACUGAAC